AUGGAUCAGAAGCGCGACGGGAAAGAGUCUCUCGUGGAUAACCUCUUCCAGCAUAAGGAGUCUAUAUUUACCGAAGAAGUAUCCAACUUCGACCUGCCCGGAAGGUUUAAGACACCUGACGCUGUGGCGUGCCGAGCUUUUCCCCUCACCUUGUCCGGAAAGGCCCGAGACUGGCUUAGAAACCUUCCCCCAAGAUCAAUUGAUAAUUUGGACACCCUUGGAAGGAAGUUCCUGGCCCAGUUUGUGUCCGGGAGAGCCAGAAGGAAGCCCCGAGGGUAUCUACUCUCUGUGCGACAGGUACCAAACGAAUCUUUGAAGGACUAUUUAUGGAGAUUCAACCAGGAGAAGUUAGAGAUAGAAAGUGAGCCAGACGACUUCAUUUAUGGAGCAAUUUUUCAAGGGCUGAAAGAAGAUGGACUGUUGAUGGCUGAUCUGGUGUUGAAACCUCCAAAGGAUCUUCACACCUUUAUGAUAAAGGCAGACCGGUAUAUUAACCAGGAGGAAACGCUCCGAGCCCUUCUCGGUGCUCCUAAGCAACUCGAGGAGCCCUCCUUUGAGAAGCUCACGAAAAAGAAGAAUCCCGAGGCCACAUAG